AUGAUCUCUCUUAUUCCUACACAACGCCUUCUCCUGUUCCUUGCACUUGCGACGUCGGCGUGCGCAUACAGCAACCACCUCUGGCACAUGGAUUUUGACACCUUUCGCAAAUGGAAGAUAAUUAAAGAAAAUGAAGACUGCUGGGAGGCAUACAAAACUCUCAACAAGCUUCCUCUCAACUCCAAUUCAACUGCGCUCGUCGACUGUAUACUAGGCAAGACCGACGAAGUCACAAAGUCCGAAUUCGGCGUUGUAGCCGUCAUGCUUGGUCUACUGCCUGGGGUGCUGCAACUAAUAGGCCCUAAGUUCAGCGACCUCGCCAUCCUCGCUACCAGGAGACCCAUUCUAGCGCUGUUCUUAACGGUAGGAUCGCCAUGCCCAGCUCUGGAUCACGAGACUACGGGCAUGGAGUCCCUCCUCGCUGAGGACUCGCCGCCUUUCUGGCCCACCUGGCUGAGGACGCGACGGCCAUGGUUGAGCGUUGUGAUCUCUCUCCUAGAAUACUUCGCGGUUAUGGUUGCCGCUGGAAAUGUGGUGUAUCAUUUCUACCGCCUUACCUUCUAUGCUAUUGUCUUGAUCAGCACCCAGAUGGGGCAAUAUGGCGGUACGCUAGAAGCCUUUUCGCCGCUGCUCUGGGUCUUCCUUGGUAUCCCCAUACACGUUCUUGGCAUCCUGCAACUACGUUUGUGCCGCGUUCCUUUAGCAGACGAUGCUGCAUUGACACGUCCGCGAAACAAAACCACGUUAAUCUCCCUCCUCCAAAAUGAAUUCACUCCUUGUGCCUUCGCGACAGACAUCGGAUCCGAUCAGAUCAAACUCCAAAACGGCCCGAUCUACCAGAUUCUUAACUGGCUGAUCAGGCUUUGUAUUUGGGCUGAUGUUAUCUACGGUAUCAUCGUUCUGUCCACGAUUCUGUUUGUCCCGAUGUGGAGCGCUAUUUGGAUGAUUGGUCUUGUGUUUACGGGGACGCUUAUCUGUAGGUUAGUCUUGGCCUUUGAGAUGCAUGGGUUACGUGAGGUGCCAAAGGUACAAAGGAAAGCCUUGGAGGGAUCUAUGGAAGCUGAUUAUGAGAUGACGCGGCUCAUGCCUGAGAAUGGAAAGGCGCAUUUGCAAGAGCACACCGUGCCUCCGUUGCGUCACUGA